CGGAUAUUGAAAGCCAAGGUUCAAAUAUUGUUUUUCCUAUUAACACAAAAGGAUAUAAGUAUAGAUAUACUCAUAUACAACCACAUCGUACAAGCUUUUGUCGUGAAUUAUUGAUGUGAAGGUAUCUAAAAGAAAUAACAAUAGCAUAUUCUAUGACAUUAGAGAAUUAGGGUUCCAAAUGAUUAUUUAAUUCAAAGAGAGGGAAAAAGAGCAUCUUCAAGAUUCUUCCUCUGCCCACAACAAUUAAACCAAAAACAUUAACUUUGCUUCUUAUUUCCUCAUAUUUCCUUACGUUUUCCAAUACCCAAUUCCCCAAAUUUCGAUUCGAAAUCAUCAAUUUCUGAUUUCCACCCACCCACCCACCUUCAUACAGAGAUGAGACCAGUAGGUGAAUUGGCAAUUUCAUCAUCUUCAUGGUUGCCGACAUCCCACAAUUCAGUCCCAACCUCACCGUCGUUCACUUCUUCCUCAUCUUCGCGGCCUGUUUAUAUGAACUAUGCUUUACUCUCUGCACUCGCUGCUUUCGCUCUUGCGCAGUCCAUUAAGGUCUUCACCACCUGGUUUAGGGAACAUCGUUGGGAUCUUAAGCAACUCAUCGGAUCUGGUGGCAUGCCUUCAUCCCAUUCUGCAACAGUCACUGCUCUUGCGGUUGCUGUUGGUUUACAAGAUGGCCUUGGUGGUUCUUCCUUCGCAACUGCACUCAUCAUAGCUUGUAUUGUAAUGUAUGAUGCAACUGGUGUAAGAUUGCAAGCUGGGCGUCAAGCAGAGGUUUUGAAUCAAAUCGUAUACGAACUUCCAGCUGAACAUCCUUUAGCUGAGAGCAUACCUUUACGUGAACUUCUUGGGCACACCCCUCCUCAGGUUAUUGCUGGUGGGUUGCUGGGCACGAUGACAGCAACAAUCAUUUACUUGAUCUCUUAUUCUGGUAGUUCUGCUUGAGCUCUGGUAAUAUAUAUAAUAUAUGCAUCUUGAAUGAAUGAUUCCAAUUCCAUAGUAGUGAAAAUCAAAAUGUGAAUGUGAGAUGGUGUUUUUUUAUUUUUUAAUCUUGUUAUAUGUAAAAUGACACUCUUUUUAUGUAGAUGUGCUUUUAGUGACCAUUUAAUUUGUUGUUUGAGAGUAUAUAUGAUGUGGUGAAAGGAUUAUGUUGUUGGACUUUUUUAAAGAAAUUAGAUGCCAAUGCUCUGUCUUGUUUUA